AGGAGGUCACUGCCCUAUCUAUAAUACAGGAUGAGAUUCCAGCAGAUCCCCUGUAAUCUCCUGGGACAUCAGCUGUGCCCUUGAAGCGAUGACUGUCCCCCACUACUGCAACCACAAAGGAGGAGGAGGAGGAAGCAACCACAAAGGAGAGGGGGCAGGAAUCAAGCCGUUGCUACAACUGAAAAGUCUCCCGGCUGAUCCAGUGGCGUCCCUAACACCCGAGCAGGGCAACCAUCGGGCCACACCGAUCGCUGGACUCGCCCCGGUAUAUAAGAGGCGCAGCCCACACGUCAGACAGAUCUAUAGUGAGGAGCCGUCCGGAGAGCGCAGCCAUGGCAGACACCCUGAGGAGGCUCACCAACAGCGAGACGUGCAAGCUGCUGCAGGACAAGCUGGAUGACUGGUACAAGGACUACCAUAUUAAUUCUUGUGACCAAAAUCUGAACAUCUGCUGUGAACUUCUGGAGUUAAAUUCGAAAAUUCAAGGACAACUUUUUACAAUUCUCAAUUUCACAGCAAGAGAAGGUGGACAAUAUGCAGGAGUUGAAACCCUAAAGAGUCGCUUUCUGCCAUGGCUUGGUACCUGUUUCUCCAACACUUCCUGUGCAGACAGCAGCUUCUCUCUUCUUCAGGAAUCUUUGGAAAGGGACAAACGAAUGAGGGAACUGUCAACCUCUCAUGAGAAAGAGCUGCACAAGCUGGAGGCUCAACUAGCAUCUACACGUAUGGAAAUGAACUCUGUGAAACAAGACCUUCUUGAAGCUCAAAUGGAACUUGACGAAACAAAAACCAAAUCGGCGACGACUCUCCUAGCCACAGAGGAUGAGAUACUGCAGCUAAGAGCAGAUUUAAGGGCUGCUCAUGAAAAAACAGAACUAAGGAAACUAGUAUCUGAGGAGGAUUAUCAGCGCCAGAUACGAUUACUGAAGGAUGAGAUUUCUAUUUUAUCAGCUGAAAAGAGCAUACUCCAUGGAAGACUUUCCAGAAGCCGCUCGCCUAGUCCAAUCCGCCAUUCCAGCAGGUCAGCCAGUCCAUUUACCAGAAGCGAGUCCCCUACUGCUGCCCAACUGACCAAUUCCUCUCGCCAUAGCCGGUUAAUAUCUCGUUUUAAUGACAUCUAUGCCAACGAUCGCCUAGAUGCACAGAAUCUACUGAGACGUUACAUUGAAGACCUAGAGAUGGUGCAAAGGAUCAUUUUUAUUGCUACUGUGGAAUCUUUCCAUGCUGCCAAGAUGGCGUUCAGACAAUUUAAGCUCCGAGUUCGAAAAUCGUUGUCUCCAUCUCACAUGGGGCCAGAAUCCCUGGAGGAUGCCGUGAUUGACUACAUUGUCCGCAAUCUGGAUCUUUAUGAUGUCCAGUCCAGUGUUAACGAGGUGAUCAGUGCCAUGAACGUCAACCCUAAAAUCUCAUUCCCAGCUGAAGUGGAUUUCAUUCUGAUCAGUGGCUUUAUCCGGGAGGUGUGCCGUGUUGCAUUUGCCAUGCAAACUGUAGAGGCCCCAUUAGACAUUGCAUUUGCCAUCGAUGGAGAACUGUUUAGUGAAACCAAAUAUCGUCGUACAUAUGACUCUGAGCUCACUGCUCCCUUGGUAUUUUACCACGUGUGGCCGGCUCUGAUGGAAAAUGAUGUGGUUGUUGUGAAGGGAGAAGCUGUGACAAAGAGAGGUGCAUUGUGGAGCCCCCGCAAGAGCAGAAGUAGAAGCAGCAGCCCUCUGCGUUCUCGAUCAGUCAGCCCAGGCCGGACUUUGACAUCUAGAAGCCGUAGCCCCUCCCCACGAAGAAGUGGAACCCCACGAUUCUAAGGGGCUUUGUCUGUGGCCAUCAAGAAUCGUUCAAUGUCAGUGGUGCUUCAUGUGUCCACCAAAGUACCUCAGACCUUCAUUGUCAAAAUGUGAAUGCCUUUUUAAAUAACUGAUGUUUUAUACAUUGUGUGUUUUUUAUUAUUGUGCUGUGAACAAUACUAAUGUACUGCUGAUUGUUUUCUGUACGGCGCUAAAAUAAUAAUGUGAGUUUUAUGAUCGAUAAGGUGUGUGAAGUAUCAGGUGGGGAAGGUGUGUCUCAUCGGGGGGUAACGUAGAGAUCUAAGCAGUAUCUAAACAGUAGUGGAAGCUAAUGUAUUGCAUAUUAAGGGGCUGAAAUGAGUCGAUCAAAGUUAUUUUUAUUACAUAAUUAAAAAAUAAAGAACUAUU